UUCUGCCGACUGUUUCUGUCACACGAGCUUUGAAUCCAGGCAGCUGAGGGGCUCUGGGCGGCUGCUGUCCAAUGGCUCCUGUGGCGUUGACGGGCCUGCUUCCUCUGUGUGUGUGUCUCCUGCUGGCCCCUGGCUGUGCCCGGGCAGGCAAGCUGCUGGUGGUGCCCAUGGAUGGGAGCCACUGGCUUACCAUGCGCAUGGUUGUGGAGAAACUCGCCCUCAGAGGCCAUGAGGUGGUCGUGGAGGUCCGAGGGACAUUGGCUCCGGGAAGACUCUCCCAGCUAUACAGUGAAGACUUACUCCAUGCCAUUCACCUGGAGGACGUGAAUCGUCAAUUCAAGAUUUUCUCUGAUGCCCAAUGGAACACUCGGGCACACAGUUUAUCUUCUAUACUAAUGAGUUCAUCCAACGAUAUUUUUUACUAUUUUUUUUCACGUUGCCGGAGUUUGUUUAAUGACAAAAAACUAGUGAAAUACAUAGAAGAUAGUUCUUUUGACGCAGUGUUUCUGGAUCCUUUUGAUAUGUGUGGCUUAAUUGUGGCCAAGUAUUUCUCACUGCCAUCUGUGGCCUUCUCCAGGGCGCUGUUCUGCCACUAUCUUGAGGAAGGCGCGCAGUGCCCCGGUCCCCUCUCCUAUGUCCCGAGAGGCCUCCUAGGGUUCUCGGACACCAUGACCUUCAGGGAGAGAGUGCGGAAUCAUAUCACGCAUGUGGAGGAGCGUCUAUUUUGUGGCCAUUUUAUUAAAACAGGCCUAGAAGUUGCCUCUGAGAUUCUCCAGACGACGGUCACAAUGUAUGACCUUGUGAGCCAAGUAUCCAUUUGGUUGUUACGAACUGACUUUGUUUUGGACUAUCCCAGACCUGUGAUGCCCAGCAUGAUCUUCAUCGGGGGCAUCAACUGCCUCCCAGGAAAGCCACUGCCGCAGGUGAGUCGCCUGCCCUUGAGCCCGCUCCCAGUCAUCUCGCUGGGACCUGUAAUCGAAAUGGAUUCCUUAUCGAGCUGUCUUAGUACUUACUUAUUUUGA